AUGACGAGCAGCUUGAACGUCGAGACUUUUGUCGAGUAUGCCAUUGGCAUGAGCUUUUUGCUCUUGCGAAUGAUUGCUCGGCUUAGCUUUGGAGGGCUCAGAGGCUUGCAGUUAGAUGAUGCUUUUGCAGUUGCAGCCAUAAGUUUCUGGACCAUGCAGACAGUCAUCAUCUACUUCUUAGGGUUGUAUGGCAACAACAUUGGCCUCAAUGCAGUUACCGCUUUGGAAGUGCCAGACAGCAAAAUUGCAUUGAUGACUCUGGGCUCUAAGCUGGCCUUUACGAACUGGAUCUGGUAUAUCAGCUAUCUUUGGUCCUUGAAAGGGGUUCUACUUUGCCUUUACUGGAAGCUCACGCAAGGAUUACGCACUCAAAGGCUUGUGCUAGCAGCAGUGGGCUUCUGUAUUGUCAGCUGGCUAGCGUGUAUACUUACACAUAUCUGCAUUUGCACACCUGUCACUCACAAUUGGCAAAUCAAACCCUAUGCAGGAGACAACUGCACUCUCCGCCAACCACUCUACGUGGUUAUAGCUGUGCUCAAUGUGAUGUCCGAUGUCAUGAUCAUGGUCAUUCCCGUCCUCAUACUUGGCAAACUCCAGGUCCCCCUCCAACGCAAGAUCAUUCUCGCCCUAAUGUUCACAUCCGGUAUCUUCAUCAUUAUCUGUACCAUUCUCCGCUGCUACUACUCCCUCGGCGACAUCAGCAACCUUCCAAUUGCCCUUCGCUGGGCCGACCGCGAAUCCUUCGUCGCCGCAAUCGUCGUCUCGCUCCCAGGUAUCAAGCCGUUAUUCCGUGGUGCGAGCUGGCUCGGAUUCUCAAGCUACUCCGGAUCGAAGAACGUGUACAGCACUGGUGGUUAUAAUAAGUUCGCCUCCCGAGGCGACAAAUCAGGUGGUGGUAUUAGCUUUGCGGAGCGCAGUAAUAACCGCAAGAGCAUGGAACUGAAUACCAUCCCAGGACUCACACAGAAGAGAGCCUCAUCUGAAGAAAGUGAGAGGCCAAUUCUUCAUCCUGGUGGGAAGAGCGUCGCUACUGUUGGACCGGGAAGUAACGGUGCCCAGCAACACGACAAGUUCUCCAUUCAGGUGACUACCGAAUUAAGUUUGGAAGAGGAACAGGGAGAAAGACGAGACAUGCCCCAUGACAUGACACGCUAA